UUUUUUUUUUUUGACUGCGCGCUUUAGCCGUGAGGGUGAGGGAAUGUUUACAACUGGCGCCAUGCUUUUGACGGUAAAAAGAUUGUGCUUCGGACUGCCCACAAGUGACAUGGUCAAAAGUCGUUACUCUGAGUCUGAGAUAAACACCGGCGACCGCUGGAAAAGCAUCAUCAACAAGACAACAUUACGACCUCGUUCGCUAUCACUCACGUGGAGAGACUGACUGGCCGGACCGAUCACAAUCACUCCACAGUGACAGCGCACGCACGUUUCGAAAGGAAAUUAAUCCUACGCAGCCGCUCAAGCACGGGUAAACCGCUCGAUCGCGUUCGUUGAAUCAAAGAUGCCUUCCCCAACCACGAUGGCUCUCUCACCGCCGCCAUUGACCGGCAGACCAGCCGGCGGUCUCGCCUGGCCAGGUCAGGUGCUCUACCACCGGGAAACAAAACCUUGGCCGCACCGCACCCAGUGCAAGCGCACGACAACUUCUCGGCGUCUUCUCCGAUCCUCGCCCUCCCCCGUCGCCACGGCGUAUAUAUAUGCGGCCGAGCUCUCCACUCCCGAGUCCCGAGAACUCGUUCCACCUCCACACGGCACACCAACGGCUUGCCGGCUGCGCCAACAACUGGAGCUUUCAGCGCUUCGCGUUCCAUCAGAUAUACGUAUGACGCAAGGCUCUGACCAAGCAGGCGCCGGCGCUGGCACGCCCCCGGCGCCCAGGGCAUCAGCAGGGGCGGCGGGCGCCAUGGCGCUCGGGAGCAUCCUCACCGUGGCGGGCAUCCUCCUGCUCUUCGUCUUCUUCGCCUUGGGCAUCAUCGCCCUCCAGUGCUGCAUCAACACCUGGGACAGGGAAACAGCCCAGCAGCAGGGCGAACAAGCAGGCAGGCGGCGGCGCCGUGGUCCGCGGGCGCCCGGGCCGGCCGGUGGUAGCAGUGGUGGUGGGACGAUGCGGACCACCACCAGCAGGGGCGUCGACCCGGAGCUGCUGCGCGCGCUGCCUGUCACGGUGUACCACCACCACCACCACGGCACGUCGGACCACCACCAGCAGGACGCGGUGGUGGUGGAGUGCGCCGUGUGCCUCGCCGAGCUCCAGGACGGCGAGGAGGCCCGGUUCCUGCCCCGCUGCGGCCACGGCUUCCACGCCGAGUGCGUCGACAUGUGGCUCGCCUCCCACACCACCUGCCCCCUCUGCCGGCUCACCGUCGUCUCCAAGCCCGACGACGUAUCUCUUCCUCCUCCGACACCUUCCUUGGCUCUUCCACCGGUGGCGCCGGAGCCCGCGAGCUACGCCACCGCCAACUUGCCCGCCAGCGUGCUUCUCGGGGUGUCCGACCAUGGCGCGGUGGUCGCCGCUGGCGCUGGCUCCACGGCCGCCAUGGUGAUCGAGAUCCCGGAGUUGGGCGUGCCGACGCCGACGCUGACGACCCCGCGCGACGCUGCCAAGUCACCGGGAUCUGCGAGGCUGAGAUCGAUCAGGAGGCUCUGGAGCUUCGGAAGGCAAGGAGCGGGGGCGACUUCUUCCUGCUCCUGCGCCGGUGCCGGUGCCGGUGCCAGCGAACGAGUCGACUUGGAGAAGGGAAUCAGCUAGUGUUAGUGCGUUACUAUCGGUUUCUCGUCUCGGAGGCACCAUUGCCAGCCGGAGAGCAGCACCAAUUUCUGCGCUCUCUGCAAUAGACAAUAUAUAGUGUAAAUGUAUACUCAUGUGCCAUUUUUUUAGUUUAGAAUUUUCUUUUAGAUUUUACACUUUUAUUCCAAUAUUAAAUAUAGCUAGCCCGCAAAAUAGCGAGGAUAGUUUACCUUU